UGUUACAGGCUGUAUUUUCUGAUACCGUUAAAACAACUGUCUUCAGUAAAAUUAAAAUGUUUAAUAGAAGAUUGGUUUUUUCUCUUGUCUGUUUAUCAAUUGACAUUGGCAUAACGGCAUCUUGUAUCAGUGAAGACCUACUUCGAACAUUGCUGGCUACAAAGGGACCAUGUAAACAAGAAAAUGUCGACAAACCAGCCUUUUUUGCAUUCUUGAGGAGUGAUCUUACUUCAUCCGGUACGGAAGUGAUCAAGUUUCAAGAUGUAAAGAUUAACAAAGGGAACCACUACAAUCCAACGACUGGUAUGUUUACAGCACCGUCGCAGGGAAUUUACCAGAUAUCAUGUACUAUUGUCGGAUACGCAACCCACGUGUUUUACUAUCAGAUUACAUUAAACGGCACUCCAUACACUUUGGGAAACACAAGCAGUGGGGGAUCGUGGAACUCUCAAACCUCAACAGUUCUAAUGAAUCUAAAGAAAGGGGACCGAGUGUAUGUGGAACAUCGAGGUGGAUCCCAGAAAGCUCAUGCUAACACCAAUACCUAUUUUUCUGGAUAUUUAUUGCAAUAAAUAGCUGUGAAAGAUGAAA